CCCACUCCGUCCCCCAGUGAGUGUAGAUGAUCUGUAGGAGUUUAAUGGACACUUUCCAGAUGAUUGAGUUCUUCCUGGUUGAUGUGAAUCUUUCUGACACACAGUGUUCCCUACUGCCAUGAUUUCAGCUCGACCACUGAGAUGGGUUUUACUGUUUCUAUCUCUCAGCCAUCAGGCUUCUUCUGAAAUAUUUUCACUGAAGGUUGAGUCUCCAGUCUCAGGGCUCCUUGGUUCCUCUGUGUCUCUGCACUGUGCUGUCACCAACAACAUGGAUGUUCGACCUCUGGAAGUACGCUGGUACCGUCCCAAUAUGUAUGACACCCCAAUGCUCCUCUAUGAAAAUAAACAGAUCCAGAAGAGUCGUGUAGAUGUUCAGUACCAGGGCAGAGUGUUCCUGUUAGGAGAUCUGGAGAAAGGAGACGUCUCUGUGAAACUGGAGAACCUGACACUGGCAGAUAGAGGAGACUACGUGUGUCAUGUAAAAAGUGAUAUAUGGUACGAGAAGGCCACAGUGACCCUCAGACUGAGAGUGGUGGGAUCCACUCCUGUUCUCUCCAUACGUGAAGCAGGAGAAGGGCAGGUGAACGUUAGCUGUCAGUCACAUGGUUGGGUUCCUGAGCCGUCAAUCACCUGGACACAUAAAGAUGGGAGAGAUCUGAAACAUCUCAGUAACGACACGUUCACCAACAACUCUGUAGGGACUGUAGAUGUGAGCUCGUGGCUGAUUGUGUCUCCCUCUGAGUCUGAGUGGAUCUCCUGCUCUGUGGGUUUGUCUGAUCAGGAGAGAAAAGAAGACAGAAUAAUGUUACACGUCCCUGCACGUGACACAGAGUCGUUGACUGGAUACAUCAUCAUCAUCAUUCCCGUUCUUCUGGUGCUGUGUGUCGUCGGAAUUGCAGUGUAUUGUGUGCUACGUAAAAAAGUCUCUGUAGAUAGUAAAAGAGAGAAGAGCUGGAAGAUGAGUGCUGGAGCAGGUCUUUAUCAGGUCUUUAUCAGGUCUUUAUCAGGUCUUUAUCAGGUCUUUAUCAGGUUUAAAACCCACUGUCACUCCUCACUAUCACCGCCCACUCUCACCACGUCAGAGAUCAGUUACAAUUUAGACCAAGUGAAACAAUACAAAGUGAACAUCAGCAUCGACCCAGAGGAAACUCCAGAGUCUCUAAUAUACGAGGGAAAGGAAGUGAAGAGAAAUCCUGCGUACGGUCAGUCAGGCUGGGGCUAUCCUGAUUAUAAAAUCUUCACUCUGUGUAAAGAGAGGUUUCAGGCUGGUAAACAUUACUGGGAGGUGAAACUGAGAGAGUCACAGAAAACAGUAAAACACUCCUGGUUUGUUGGUGUAGCUAAGACACCGAGUGAUGAAGCUGAGAAAGAGUACAGCGUCCCGUUUACACCACAGGAUGGGUUCUGGGUUCUCUGUUAUGAGAGCGGAGAUAAAGGAGUUUAUAUCAGAGAUCAAACAGAAGUGAUUUCACUCCCAGAUGUUAAUAAAGAGCUGACAGCAGUGGGAGUGUUUUUAGACUGUGAUACACACACACUGUCAUUUUAUAAUAUUAAUACACACUCACACAUCUACACUUUCACUAAUGUGGACGUCAGAACAUCACUGCGUCCUCUGAUCAGCCCUGGAGUCAGAGACGAUCAUCCUGUAUGGAUUAUUUAGGAGAAUAAAGACAUCUGUAAUAUGAUGAUGUGAGUUUAUAAUGUAUUUAUAUAAAGUGUGUAUACAUACUGUACAUAACACACUCAUUACAUUUUCCAUCUCUGUUUACUGAAGUGUUUCCUCA